AUGAUCCCUCUGGCACCGUGUGACGCCGGCUUCACCCCGACGUGCGAGCAAGCGAAAGGCUUUGGCCUCUGCGACGCCACCAGCUCGGCCUGCGACACGACCUGCGUGGAUGAAGUUAAGAAGGCCUGCCCUGUGACGUGCAGCCUCGCGCCGGAGGAGACGUCUGGCCACGAGCUCUGGACCACGGGCGCAGCACCACCUGACUACGACCAGCCAGCGCCGGCGGAGCGCGACGCCGCCGAGAUCACGGUGCCCAAGACGGACCUCGCCAGCUUCACCGCCUUCAUCGACUACCUCUGCACCGACCAGCUCGACCUCGGCGAGGGGGAGGGCGAGCAGGCGCGGCGCGCGCUCGUGCUGCGGGAGCUGGCGCAGAUGUACCAGGUGCCGCGCCUCGAGCGGCUCUGCGCGCAGGCGCUGCAGGAGAGCGUCGGGCCGGCGAGCGCCGUGCCGCUGCUCGAGGCGGCGCACACGACGGGCGACGGGCGGCUCCUCGCGCAGUGCCGCCGCUACGUGGCCGACCACGCCGCCGAGGUGCGGGCGAGCGGCGGCGUGGAGCAGCUGCGCGACCUGGGCGUGGCCAAGGGGCUGCUCGGCGACGCGCUCGACCAGGUGGCGGAGCUGAAGAUGGGGGCGGCGCGCACGGCGGCGGGCCAGAGGGCGGCGCCCUAG